UAUCCAUAAUCUAUGAAGUGUGGAGGAGUUGCACUAUAAUUCCUAUUUCAAAGCAGUGCCAUAAGAUUAUGGAGAAGCUGAUAUUAUGCCAUAGAUUUCAAGAUUUUACCGGUAAAUUCUAUCUACAAUUUGUAAAAGAAGUUGCCACCAAUAAAUUCCCUGCUGCAAUCUCUCAUUUAAGCUCACCAACUGUUCUUACUUCACCAAGUUUUCCAACUUUUCACAAUCUUAACGCCCGACUACAAUGCAAUCUUAUAAAGGUUCGCGCGAUGAGGAGGAGAAGGGCAGAUAUACAGACAGAUACUUAUGUCUUAAUGGAACCUGGUAAGAAUGAAGAAUUUGUUUCCGAGGAAGAACUCCGAAGUAGAUUGAAGGAAUGGCUAGAAAAUUGGCCCGGGAGCUCACUGCCGCCUGAUCUUGCAAGAUACGAGACUAUUGAUGAUGCUGUACAAUACCUAGUCACGUCUGUCUGUGAACUUGAAAUCGAUGGGGAUGUCGGUUCAAUUCAAUGGUACCAAGUUCGUAUGGAAUGAAUAAAUCUUGCUCGUAAAAGUAUCCCAACUUACACUAAAUUAAAUCCUGGACCUCCCAAGCAUCAUUACUGGGGGUGGGUAAAUCGCCGGUUAUGCCUCAACUGGAUCACAGGUUCCUCUCACCGCCUGUACACUUCUGCGCACAAGAGAUCCUCCUCCAAAGUGAUUACUCCAUACCAAAUAAAUCUAGCCGCAAGUUCCCACCAAGAUUCGAACCUCCACCCUACCGCUGGAAGCAAGACAAAUGUUGAUUGAUCCACCAGUUGAGCCGUGCCCCGGGGGGCCAUUUGCUAAGUUUUUUAUUUAGACGUUGAUGAGUGAUUGGUGAAUUUUAGUAUAAUAAUGUAAGAUGUUUUUUUGAUAAAUUCAUGAAUCAGUAUUGCCGAGUAAAUUCAUAUAAUGAAGCUAAAACUUUGGUCCAA